GAUGAACGGGACGGGCCGGGGGCUGUGCGAGCGCGGCGGAGCGCUGCCGGCCGGGGCCCGCCCGCUGGUCAGCGGGCUCAUGUUCUCCGCCGGCCUCCUGGGCAACCUCCUGGCCCUGGGGCUGCUGCUGCGCUGCCGCCGCGGGCCCCGCGCACGGCCCCCCUCCCUUUUCCACGUCCUGGUGCUGGCGCUGGUGGUCACCGACCUGCUGGGCACCUGCUCCGUCAGCCCCUUCGUCCUGGCCUCCUACCACCACAACCGCACCCUCACGGCCCUGGCUCAAGGAGGGCACAUCUGCCUCUACUUCGGCUUCGCCAUGAGCUUCUUCGGCCUCGCCACCAUGCUCAUCCUCUUCGCCAUGGCGCUGGACCGCUGCCUGGCCCUGGGGCGGCCGUACUUCUACGAGCGCUUCCUCAGCCCCCGCACCGGUCUGGUCGCCCUUCCCACCAUCUACACCUUCUCGGCAGCCUUCUGCUCCCUCCCGCUGCUGGGCUUCGGCCGCUACGUCCAGUACUGCCCCGGCACCUGGUGCUUCAUCCAGAUGCGCCUGGACUACCUCCAGCGCAACGGCGGCGGGGAAGCGUCCGGCUUGAACGUCACCUUCUCGCUCCUCUACGCCACUUUGCUCCUCUUCCUCAUCCUGUCAGUGCUGCUGUGCAACCUGAGCGUCAUCGCCAACCUGGCCCGCAUGCACCGGCGCGGGCAGAGGACGCGCCGCCUGGCCACGCUCGAGCAGCCCCGGGCGGUCACCGGCUGCUCCCGGCGCAUGUUCUCCAUGGCCGAGGAGAUCGACCAUCUCCUUCUCCUCUCCAUCAUGACCAUCACCUUCGUCAUCUGCUCCCUCCCGUUCACGAUCCGUGCCUAUGUGAACAAGUUCAGCAAGGGAGAAGACAACCACGAGUGGGACCUCUUGGCCAUGAGGUUUCUCUCUAUUAAUUCCAUCGUUGACCCGUGGGUCUUCGCCAUCCUGCGGCCGCCGGUGCUGCGGUUCAUGCGCUCAGUGCUGUGCUGCCAGGUGACCCGCUCCAGCCAGGACAGACAGACUCCUUCCCCAACAAACACAAAGCUGGAGGCACGGCUGGACCCCUGUGGGCAGUAGAUCCAUUGGUCCUUCCAGGAGCCAUCUGCCAGGUGAAGCACAGCCCUGACAGAUGUUAAUGGAGCUCUGCCUCCUGGCCCAGAAAGAGAUGUGCCUGCUGCGGGUGGCUCAGGUAUGGGUGGCUCUUCUGAGUGUCACCACGUGCCUGGGAAACUCCUGGGAAGCCAGUGAGGUCUCUCACAGGGCAAAAAAUACAGAGGGAUGAGAUGGGAAGGGCUGCUGAGUACCUGGAUACGGCUGUUGUCUUUAGAUGGGGCUGCUCCCGUCCCAUUGAGGGACACUGUGGGAGGGCUGAGGGCUGAAGCAUGAGGGACUUUGCUAUUACACUACUGCUAGGGGGGGGUCAGGGAGCAGAGCCUCCUGCUGGUGUGCCUCCCAACCCUGUCCCCACGGCCAUUUUGGGCUGCAGGGAGGGGUCUGGGUCCUGGAGAUGGGGCCAGGCAACCACUGUUACUGCAAGCACUCGUUUCUGCCCCCAGGUCCCCGAGGCCCCCAUGGGGUAGGAAAAGAAAGGAGCAAUGUAUCCCCAAAUAGUCCCCUUUAUUCCUUAGCCUGGUUGCCCGAGGAAGUGCACUUUAUCCAUUACGUGUGCAUGUGUCUGCCUGUCUGUUCCCUAUCCCAGAGGCUUUAGGCAGCGGUAGGUGCCAGCCCAGCACGCCUGAGGGGCACUGGGGCAGAAAGAAAGCCAAAACUGUGGCAAUUCCCUCACACUGGGAUGGCAGCAGAGACGUGGGGCCCCUCCUGAGCACCUGUUCUGCAGUUUUCUUUGCCCUGUAUUUUGUGCAGCAGCCAGCAAGGGUAAUAGAGAACCCGACCAGGGAACAAGAGGUUGUGGUCACAGGCACGUGCUUUUCCCCGGGUGGUGCUGCUGGUGGGUUUGGGGUUGGCACAGAGCAGGGUUCGUCCUCGAUUGCCCUCCUACCAGCUUGGGAAGAACCUGAUCAGGGACAUCACUUCUCUAGAGGUUUUAUUUGGAAACAAACAAACAAGCAAAAAACCAUCCCAAAACACAAUAAAAGCCAAAAAAAAAUGCCAAGUGCAGAAACAUCCAGGUCAUUUAAUUCUGCCCCUUCAGCAUGUCUGUUGCUCUCUGGGGCUCUGGGCUGGUCCCCACUGACCAGGGAUGAGCUGAAUUGGCCAUCAUUAGGGGUUGCUGGGUUGGAGUUGUGGCUGCCACUCGGGCAGCAUCUGACACACGGUGUCCUGUGCUAUUGUAAGUGGGUUAUGUUGUUUUCCAUUUGAGAGCUGCAGCUGUGCUCAGGAAACCCAAAGGUGCCGAGUUCUGGAGCUUUUCUGUGGUUCAUUAGUUGAGGUGGUGUAAAAAAAAAAGACUAUUAUUAUUAUUAUUUAACUAAUAAACAACUCUAAAAGGAACCUGCUGAAUCAUGUGUGGGUUUGUGCUUAAGCUGCACCUCAGGGCAGAGCCGGCUCCUGGAGGAAACAUGUCUGGAGCAUUUGUGGGAUGAAGC